GGGGGCGGCCGGCGCGGGCAGGUGGGGAGGGCGGCGGGGGCGCGGCUGCGAUGGGGCGCGGCCGGACGGGGGCGGAACCAGUGGUGCGGGCCCGGAAGCCUUAAAGUGGCCGGGCGGAGGGGCGGGCCCUACAGGCUGAGAGAGUGCUGUGGUGAGCGUGUCUCCUCAGCGUCCGUGCUGGCCGGGUAGGCGUCGUCGUCACCAUGUCGCUGGCGGCCUCCGCAGGUCGGGGCCUGGGGGCCGUGUGGUCCCCAACCCAUGUGCAAGUGACCGUGCUGCAGGCGCGGGGCCUGCGGGCCAAGGGUCCCGGGGGCACGAGCGACGCGUACGCGGUGAUCCAGGUGGGCAAGGAGAAGUACGCCACCUCGGUGUCCGAGCGCAGCCUGGGCGCGCCGGUGUGGCGGGAGGAGGCCACCUUCGAGCUGCCUCCGCUGCUGUCCUCCGAGGCCGUGCCCGCGGCCGCCGCCACCCUGCAGCUCACCGUGCUGCACCGCGCGCUGCUCGGCCUCGACAAGUUCCUGGGCCGCGCCGAGGUGGACCUGCGGGAGCUGCACCGGGACCAGGGCCGCAGGAAGACACAGUGGUACACCUUGAAGUCCAAGCCAGGAAAGAAGGAAAAACAGCGAGGAGAAAUUGAGGUUGAUAUCCAGUUCAUGCGAAACAACAUGACAGCUAGCAUGUUCGACCUGUCUGUGAAGGACAAGUCCCGCAAUCCGUUUGGAAAACUGAAGGACAAGAUCAAGGGAAAGAACAAGGACAGCGUGGCAGACACUGCAUCUGCCAUCAUCCCCAGCUCAACACCCUCAGCUGACAGUGACGACGAGUCUUUCUCAAAAGACAAGAAAAAGAAAUCUAAGGUCAAGACCUUGUUUUCCAAGUCCAAUUUGCAGAAAACACCACUUUCUCAGUCCAUGUCUGUCCUGCCGACUUCAAAGCCAGACAGAGUGGUGCUCCGGCCUGGAGACUUCCGGUCACAGUGGGAGAACGAUGACCAGGAGGAUGAGUCCUCGUCCUCUGCCUCAGACAUCAUGUCCCACAAGAGAACAGCGAGUGCAGACCCUAAGCAGCUGAGCCAGAUCAGCUUCAGCCUUCCCAAAAAGGAAGGGCUCUCCUUUCUUGGGGCUCUUCGGUCCAAGAACGACACCCUUUCCCGCUCUAACGUCUGUAUCAACGGGAACCAUGUUUACGUGGAGCAGCCUGAGGUCCGGAGUGAGACCAAGGACAGCAGCCCUGCCUCAUCCCCGUCACCCCAGGGCUUCAGGAAGAAGCAUUCCUUCUCCUCCACCGAAAACCUGGCCGUCAGGGCUUGGAAGGAUCCGGAGGGAGGUGGCCUGUCUUCUGACACCUCCACCAAGGACUCUCUGAAGUCCAUGUCCCUGCCGUCUUACCGACCCCUGGCCAGUGGCGACACUAGGGAAGGCACAACGCCAGCGAACUUGGAGGCUGCGAAAGAAACCAAGGACAGCAAGAAGCAGGAGGGAAAGAGGUCUUCCUUGCUUUUUCUGGUGACGGGAAAGAAGGAUGUGGCAAAGGGCAGUGAAGGUGAGCGUACCGCUGCUGUCCUAGGGACGGAGAAGGAAGGCGUGAUUUCAGAAGCUCCGCCAAAGGAGGAUGCCCUCAUGAGCGGGUCUGAGAAAGAUGCUGUGGCUGACACCUCCAGAUGGGGGCAUGCUUUGAACCCCUUUGAAGACGUGCAGAUCUCAGAACCGGAAGCUGGACCUGAGCCCAAGUACGAACCAAAGCCACCUGUUCCCUCUGCGAGGCCUCCCCAGACCAAAGCUGUCAAGCCUCGACUGGAAGUGUCUUCAGAGGCUCAACCCAAAGCUAGGCUUCUGUCCUCCCCUGACUCUUCUCCCUUUUUUUCUGCUCUUGCUUACAGUUCUGGCCAGGCCUGUGCCCCUUCUGAAUCAGGGCGUGGUUCAGUGUCCCAGUCUUCUGAAAGUCCUUCUGUCUUUUCCUCUUUCCCAUCUCCCAUAGUAGCUCCCAUUUCCACAUCCACCCCAAUUGGACCCUGGCCCUCCUCAGGCCGGGACCAGGUCAGUUCUGAAGAGUUGGCUUUGCUCCUUCAAGCAGACCUGCAAAAGGAGAAUUUAACACCAGUCCCGAACACUGGUUCUUCUGCCCUGGGAGUGCUUUUCAAAGAGCCCCCAAUGCCAGCAUGGACAGGGAUAGGAAGUCCUGCGAGGGAAAAGGCCAGUGAGGGAGGCUCAGGGAAGAAUGCUGGCCAGAUGGAGCCAGGAAGCUCUCUCCAGCAGCAGCCUGAGGUGGGGCAGCAAGAAGAAGCACUUCCAAGGAGUCCCUCCCCAAAACAAGGCUGCACCCCCUCAGAAGAGACUCCUGAGGUACCAUCUGCCCUUUCACUGGAUGGUGGCAGAAUUGCAGGCCCCACUGGGAAGCUGCCCACCAUGGGACAUACAGAGCUGAAGAGUCAGCCUGGGCCUGCUGUAGAGAACAGAGUUGGGGGUGGCAGAACGUCCUCCACAAUCAAAGAAGUAGCAGUGCCUCUCCCAGCAGGCGAACCGGUCCCCCCACCAGAUGCUGAGAUGCAGAAAGAGGAAGAGAUGAGCCUGAAUGGCAGUGAGGACCAAAAGAAAGGCAAGAAGUGUGUGUCAUUUUCUGAGCAGCUCUUUACGGAAGAGGUGGAGAAACCCACCGGGCUGUGGGAAGAGGACAGAAAUCACCCUCAGGAGCUGACUCUUGAAGGAGCCACUGCAGAAAGCGCAUCUGGUGCAGAGCCUCCUGGCUGUCCCCACACGGGAGACACAGAGAGGGGACCUGUCACUGUGCCGGCUCCCACAGAAGGCGGCUCUAUGGUCCCCUCUUGUGCGGAGAGUUCCUUAGAAGCCCUCCUGAGUAAAGUGAGCUUGGCAAAGCACACCCAACUCUUCAAAAUCGAGGAUGUUGAUACCCUCACAGCUCAGCACCAGAGCAAGGCCAGUGAUCACGAAGGCUCGCUGUCUGAUCCCCUGAGUGGCCUUCCCUCUGCCUCAGAGGUGACACCUCCCAUCAUGGCUGAUCGGAACUUGACCCUUCCGUCCAUCCCUGAGGUGGCAUCCGAUGAUGAAAGAGUAGAUCACAUGGAGGAGGAGGGGAAGACAGCAGGCACUUUAUCCUGGGGCUCGUGGCCUCCCCAUCCUGAGCAGGCAGAGGGGCCGGGCAGCGGGGCAGAGAGGGCAGCACCUGUGCAGAAUCCCCAUGACUUCGGGUUUCAGGCGCCUUCAGCUCCUGUGCAGAAGGCAGCUGUAGGAAUUGAUAAACUGCAUCCUGGCAAGAGCAUGAGUGGUGAUGAACAGCUGCCAGGCUCUGGCAGUGAUGAGGAGAAGCCCAAGGCAGAUGGGAGGCUGGGUCACACUCCCAGCCUGUCCCCUCACUCUCCUGUGCCCAGUCCCUCCCUUUCUGAGACCUUUCCUGCCGUGUACUCUUUCCCUGUCUCUCCACAAACUGACACCCACCACACCAGUAGAGCAGAAUCUCCAAAAAAAGCAACAGCAGAGGGCUCCACUGGGAAAGUUGAAAAUUUUGGCAAGAGGAAGCCGCUUCUUCAGGCCUGGGUCACGCCCUCAGAGACACAUCCAGUCUCAGCUCAGCCAGGCACUGGAACUGGGGCAGCGAAGCACAGACUUCAACCUGUAAAGCCAAUGAACACAACAGCCUCCAAGAUUUCUAACUCCAGCUUGGGAACUGCCACCAUCAUCAAUGAGAACAUGACCAAUGAUCUCACGAUAAAGAAAUACAGCCCCUCAGACCCUGCCUUUGCCUAUGCCCAGCUGACUCAUGAGGAACUGAUCCAGCUGGUCCUCAAACAGAAGGAGACCAUCAGCAAAAAGGAGUUUCAGGUUCGUGAGCUGGAGGACUACAUUGACAACCUGCUUGUCAGGGUCAUGGAAGAGACCCCCAAUAUCCUCCGCGUCCCAGCUCAGGUUGGCAAAAAAGCAGGCAAAAUGUGAAGAAGACACUGGGCUGGCUGUGGGACUGUUUCCACCUUCUCUUGAGGUCAAGGACUUGUGCCUGACAUCCGGCCAACGGGCUCCAAAUCACCAUCUCUCCUGCAUCUUAUCUGUCAGGAGUUAAUUCUACCAGUCGAAGCCAGGUUAAUUAUUACAAUGAAUCUUCUACUGUACAUUCCCAGGGUUUUAUUUUUAAAUGCCACUGUGCCUUUAACUAGGUUGUAAAUAUUUUAUGCUUGCCGGAGACAUGGUCAUAAGAUCUGCUCCUGAGCCAGAGAUUCAGAUGGCACCGGAUAUACUAAUGUAUCUGAACUCGGGGGCUGCCUUUCUUUGGUACGGGACUUUUCAAGCAGGUAUCCUCCAGUCAUUACAGCAUAGGGUAAUGGACCGUGUGGGUGGUGCUGUGAUACACAAGCUUCUCUGACCUUUGAGCGUCCCAGGCGUUUUGACUGCUGCAGCUGCUAAAUUUUUAUACCAUCUAAACUUACAAGGCUUUUCAGACCUGGUUCUUCUGUCUUUAUUUUUUGACUAGUGCAAAGUCAUUUAGGGAAAGUCUCUGAUUGUGCCUCUUAGAGCCUAAACAAACUUAGUCUUCUUGUCAGCAUUAAAAUGUGCUCUCUCUAGACCCGCAGAGCUAUUCUGAAGGUGCACGAAAUAGACUGUGGGUUAGAGAGUCACUUCACUUAGCUGAGGGAAACUUGUCAGAGUCCCCCUUGUGUGACAGCAGAGUCCCUGCUGGCUAGACCAGCCUCAUCAGUACCUUGAUAAGGGCCCAGGUGAUCCAAGCUCUCACAGUGCUGGGAGGCCCAAGACAGCUGCAGUAGGACAUCUGUGGCCUUUUCCACUUGUGCCUCGCCUUGGCAUUUCUGGAAGGGGUGAAGCCCCUGGAAACGGAGAAAGCUGGACCGAGGGUGCAGCAUGUGUGAAGCCCGAGGUUCCAUCCCCAGCACUGCAAAACUAAACAUACCAAAAAAAAAAAGCUUUAAUUUUGUAGGCCAGGAGGAACCACGGACUUGGAUCCUGAGGGGCCUCAUGUAACUUGUCCUCCAAAUACUGCCUGUCACUGCCCCAGAGAGAACCCUGGUUGUUUCUGGGGUGCUAGAGAAGUUGUGGUGAAGGCUUCAAUGUAGUUAAUAAAAUUCAGGAUCCAUUAGACAACAGAAAUGCCUCAGCUUUUCAGUGGCUGCUUCAUGAACAAACUCAGGCAUCUCCCCUGUUAGCAAAUCGGGAAGAGCAGGGCUGGGGAUGUGUGUGGCCCCAUGGCAGAGCAGCCCCUACAUGUGGGAGGCCUGGGCCCAGCCCCCAGUGCCACAACCCUGACAAAUUGUGAUGAUGUCGAAGAUGAUACUUACUUUUGGAUUGCUGUUGUUUAAAAACUAGAUGAUACAUGUAUUUUUUAAGCUGAAGUACCUGCCCUCUUCUUAACUAAUAGCACCACUUCGUUUUCCAGGGAAUUUCUCUGUUGGUCAUCUCAUACUGUUGCUCAUUUCUUCCCUUGGUUGUGAUAGAAGCUCAUCACAUCUUGGCCUCUCUCCGAGGAGGUGAGAGAUCACAGGCCACGUGUGAGUGGGGGUUGAGAUGGUGGCAGUUAUUAAUCCCAAACCUCUUCUCUGUGUGUCUUUGUUAUUUUGAGGGUAAAAAUAAAACGGUGGGCAGGAGAAUCCUUUUCAGGAUUGAGCUUGCCACAGCCUUGUCUGUAUUGGAGCACUUUAAUCUGAAGGUGAUACUGUAACUUAUCUGCUUAGCUCUUAAGGACCCACAGCUAUUGUAUUUAAUAUUCUCCUGAAGUAAUAGGGACCACUAUAAACUUCUCAGAUGACUUGUAUUUUUGUAGUGCUGUAAGACUUAUUGACAUGCCUCUAAAGAAAGCUGUGUAUCCACUUGAACUCUGAAAUGGACAUGUAUAUAUUUGUUCCGAAUCCUAUUUUUUACUUGAUAGAAGUGUAUUUGUACUGUGAUAACCCAGGUGUGCACUGGGGCAGGUGUGCUGUGAGUGACUUCUCUUCCUUAGAAGAGCUGGUGUGGGGCUUCGGAGCACUGUUAACAAGGCUUUGGGAGCCUCCUGCUGCCAGGACCUUGAAUGUGGAACUCUGUGGGCAUUGGAGAGGGAUGCCGAGGUGAAGAGUGACUUCCUGUGCUCUAAAAUGUCCCUUAGGAACUCUAGAGAAUGAAGGACAGUUUACUUCAGGGGUGUCUGCUUCUGCCACUACUGGAAAAAAAAUCAGUUUAUAGCAUUCCUGUACCUCACAAAGCAGAUAAUCUGGAGGUCAUUCCGUUGGGGAUUGUCCUUGAAGACUGCGUUUGGGGGUGGACUUGUCUGAGCCUUUAGCCUGCUGUGAGCCUGAGUAGAGGGUGGUAAGGCAGAGCUCGAGAGCUUUUGUAGCUGACACCUGCCUGAGGAUGUCAUCCAUCCACAGCUGGCCCUGCUGCAGAUGUUAACCCAAUUGAUGGGCCAGCGAGGGACUCUGGGAGCAGCUCUUUUCUUGGCCUUGCUUGAUUGCCUCCAGAGAGCAGUCAGGACUUGGGAGAGCCAUCAGAUUAAAUACCAGUGAACUUCACCUGGAGGUCAGAUUCAGGAAAAGUAUCAGUCUUCAGCCUGUUUCCAAUCAUCUCAUUCCUUAGGUUUUGCCAGAUGUCCCUCCCUCCCCUUUAUAUGCUGUGUUAACCACACUGAGGUAGCAGAAGUGAGAAGCAAGCAGCUCUACCCUUUGCCAUGCUCAAAAGCUGUGGACCCUGAGAUGGCGCUGUGCGCAUGUACCCGUAUGAGCAUGACAUAGCAGUGUGCUUUCCAGUUGUGCCACCUGGGGGAAUUCAGCAGCCCUGACACUUGACACACACUGUAAUGAAGGCCAGAGGACUGUCAUUGUUAAAUUAUUUGAGGUCUUCCUUCCUGAGUCCCUUCUCGCAGUUGACCUUUUUUCUUUUCUUUUUUGAGCUGUGGAUCAAAUGCAGGGCCUCUCUUCUGUGCUACACCUACCUCCCUGCCCUAGUCUUCUUCCUUUUUUAAGAAGUACUAAGUAUCCCUCAAAGCUGAAAAAUUCAUUGCCUUAGGUGAGGAACUUAACAUCUUGGUGUCCACACCAACCUCAGCUCUGGAUUCUCCGUAUCUACUAUGUGAAUUGCUAAAUUGGCUUUUUCCUCCCUAUAGUAAUUACUAUUUUCUGCUUGUGACUUGGGGAAUUUUGAAUUUCUUUGGUUUUGUUUUUAAGAAGUAACCUAACAUUUUCUAUAACACUAAAUAAAACGGUACUGCCUUCCAAA